AUGGGUAAAAGAGACAAGAAAACAGGAAAAGGACGAUUGGAUAAGUAUUACCACUUGGCCAAAGAACAGGGUUAUCGAGCUCGUUCAGCUUUUAAACUUAUUCAAUUAAAUAAAAAAUAUAAUUUUUUGGAAAAAUCAAAAUGUUUAAUUGAUUUGUGUGCAGCUCCUGGUGGUUGGUUACAAGUAGCGAGCAAAUAUAUGCCAGUUUCAAGUUUAAUUAUUGACAUUACCACAGAUAAAUGUCGGGCUAUUCUUCGAAAUGAAUUAAAAACUUGGAAAGCUGAUGUAGUACUUCAUGACGGUGCUCCUAAUGUUGGUGUAUCUUGGAUCCAAGAUGCCUAUGCACAAUCUGAAUUGACUCUAAAAGCUUUAAAGUUGGCUGUGGAAUCUUUGAACAAAGGAGGCACUUUUGUGACCAAAGUGUUUAGAUCCAAAGACUAUAAUAAUUUAUUAUGGGUAUUUAAUCAAUUGUUUAAAAAAGUGGAGGCCACAAAACCUGCUUCUUCAAGAAAUGUAUCGGCAGAAAUUUUUGUUGUCUGUCGUGAUUUUCUCGCCCCUAAAAAAAUUGAUCCAAAAUUCCUUGAUCCUCGCUCCGUUUUCCAAGAAGUAGAUAUUGGACCUACAAAUAGAUCAGUAGAUAUAUUACAUCCUGAAAAAAAGAAGCGACAGCGAGAAGGUUAUGAUGACGGAGAUUAUACUUUAUUUAAGGAAGCAUCAGUUUUAGAUUUUAUUCAAUCGAACGAUCCAAUUAAACUUCUUAGUGAGGUCAAUAAGUUAAACUUUGAUACUGAUGAAGCCAAGAAACUAUUGAAUCAUGAAAUGACUAUUGAAGAAAUUAAAAUGUGUUGUGAGGAUUUAAAAGUUUUAGGUAAAAGAGAAUUCAAAAAUCUUUUGAAAUGGCGGAAUUCUAUUAGAUCAUCGUUGCAAGAACAAGAUGAAAUAAAUGAAAAGACGAUCGAUAAGGAAGAAAAAGAGGAAUCUGUUGAUGAAGACGAAAUCAUACAAGAAGAGCUCGAAAGAUUGACCAAGGAAGAACAAGCUCGUCAGAAGAAAUUUCGCCGAAAGGCCAACGAAAAGCGUCAAAAAAAUGUGACCCGUAUGCAAUUAAAAAUGAUUUCGCCUACAGAUAUAGCAUUAGAUCAAGUUGAUUUAAAUGGGAGUGAAUCAUUAUUUAAUUUAAAGCAGAUCGAUAAAUCUGGGAUGUUAAAAACGUUUCGAAAGGGAGACAUGAAUAUUGUCAUUGAAAACGAGCAAGACGAUGGUGACAUCGUGAUUGAUGAUAUAGAUGUUCAAAAAAAACAAAAUGAUGAUACCGAAGAAAUGGAAUACAUAGAUGAUGAAAAUAACUUAAGUUAUUUAGAGCAGGAAAUGGAAGAUUUAUAUGAACAAUAUAAAGAACAUAAGGCAGAACGUGAUGCGAAAUAUAGAGUUAAGAAAAUGCGUGAAGAAAAUGAAGAAUGGAAUGGCAAUCAAACUUUGGAUAAGGAAGAUGAUUGCGAUAGUGAUACAUUAGACUAUGCAAUGCCUCGAAACACAAACACCUAUGAUUCAUCGUCAUCAAGUGAAGAUGAUUCUGAAGUAGAGUCAUUUAAUAGUAAUAAAGUAAAGAAUAAAGCGAAGAAAAAGAACAAAAACUUAUUAACAGAUUUGAAUGAUGAUGAAGACGAGGAAAGAUCACAAAGUCCAAGUGGUUUAAGCAAAAAAGCAACUUUGUUUUUUGAUCAUCCCUUAUUUAAAAAAGUGAUGGAGGAAUAUGAUGAAAAUAAAGAACAUGAUCAAAGCUCAUUAGCUAAAAAGAUUCAAAAUGAUGAAAAUAAUGAUCUUAAUCUGACAACAGAAGAAUAUAAAUUAGUUGAAAGUUCUCGAUCUGAACCUGAAAGAGAUGAGUCUCAAGUUAAUAAAAAUAAAUCAUUGAAACGUAAAGUUGAAGCGAUUGAGGAAGAUGAUGAUUUAGAAAUAGUUCCAGUCGAUAAAGACAGUGAUGAGGAAUUAUGGAACGCUAAUGAAUCUGACGACGAUGACAAAAAAAUGAAAAGGACACGAGAAAUUGGGUUACUUACCGCAGAAGCCGUAACUCUUGCACAACAAUUAGUAAAUCGACAAAAAACCAAGGAAGACUUGAUAGAUGAAGGUUUUAGACGACACACUUUUAAUGAUAGAAAAGGGUUACCAUCUUGGUUUUUGGAUGAUGAAAUGAAGCAUAAUAAGGUUAAUUUGCCGAUAACAAAAGAAGCAGUUGAAAUAAUUCGUCAAAGGAUGAAAGCAUUAAAUGCUCGGCCCAUUAAAAAGAUUGCCGAAGCCAAAGCUAGAAAAAAGAUGAGGGCCAUAAAAAGACUUGCUAAACUUCAAAAUAAAACUGAUGUUAUCGUUGAGACUCCCAGUAUGACUGAAAAAGAAAAGGCUCAAACAAUUUCCAAAAUGAUAGCUAAAACGCAAAAAAAGGUCAAAAAGGAGGUUAAAGUAGUUGUUGCUAAGGGUGGAGCCAAAGGUAUGAAAGGUCGCCCUAAAGGUGUAAAAGGAAGAUAUAAGCCUUCUUCAAGCCACACUUCGCAAAUAUUGAGGAAACUUAAUAAUACUUUUUUCCCCCUUUAUAUAAAAAUUAUGGAAAACGUUCAAGCAAUAGGAAAAGUUAAUAUUCAAGAAAAUGACGUUAUGGAAGAAGCCUCAACCUCUCAUGUCGAUAACACUGCGCCUCCAAACGCCGCCUCUUCAACUUUACAACAAAUUCAAAAGGUCGAAAAUUCACUUGGAAAUCAAAGAGUUGAACCACAAGUACAACAAGUUCAUGGUACUAAUACUUCAAAUAACGAAGGUUCUACCACAGUAAUGACUUUUCAUCAGCAACAAAACCUUCCGGUACAAAAUGUUCAAACAACUUGGCUUGACCCUUCAUUAGAAAAUAAAACUAAUCUUUCGAAUUCAACAAUAACAACUGUAACAACUCACAAGGAACCUGUUAUGAAUGAACCACUGGAAAAUCUACCUACGAACGUUUCGUCAACUCCACCUUCUACCACUCAUGAUAUUAAUAUGAUGACUCCAAAUAUGAAAAGUCUGAAUUCCACUGGUCCAUAUACUCCAGAUUCAACCAAUUUUCCUUCCCCUUCGACUCCUUUAGAUUCUUCUCCUUCAGGAACCUUUAAUCAAUUUUCUGUAAAUUCUGUAAAUCCAGAUAAAACAAUUUCCGGACAACAAAAUAAUCCUAAUGUAGUCAAAGCAAAACCAUUUGUUUGUACAGUGUGUAACCAGACUUUUAGUCGUCAACAUAACCUAAAGUCUCAUGCUUUAACUCAUUCUCAAGAGAAACCUUUUCAAUGCGAUAUAUGCCAUCAUUUCUUUCGUAGACAUCAUGAUUUGAAAAGACAUGCAAAAUUACAUACCGGAGAAAAGCCAUAUCAAUGCCCACAUUGUAAAAGGAAGUUCGCGAGAUUGGAUGCACUGAAUAGACAUUUACGAGCCGAAAAUUUACAAAAAAAGCAGGCACAAAUUCAAACUAAUAAUAACACCCCAAUUAAUAAAAAUGAAAUAUCAUUUCAGAGACAACAAGUGAUGCAUCAAGAACAAUUUCAUUCAUGGCCACCGCAAGUGUCAUCACAGCAGUUAUCUCAGAUUCAAACUAUUCCUCAAUCAAAUAAUACACAAUCGUUACAAGGCAAUCAAGCUACUCAUGCUAAUAUUGUAAUGACAAAUCAAUCUCACCAAAUAGUAUUUCCAGUCGAAGCGGCAACAACUGCUGCCGCUUCCCAUUAUAAAAUUCAAUACACCCUUAAUAAGCAAAUUCAAGAACCACAGAGAAGAGUUUCCGAGAUAAUUAUGGCAAAUGAUCAGGAUGUUGAGGUUCAUUCUAAUAAUGGUAAAACUUCAUGUCGAGAAACACAGUUAAUUGAGAGAAAUAGUUACCUAGAGGAAAGGGUAAGAGAAUUAGAAAAUGAAGUUAUCAAUGAGCGUAAAUUACGAACCCGUCGUGAAUAUUUGGAGCAAAGAGUAAACGAACUUGAAAUAGAAAAAAAUCUUUUGAAACAACUUUUGUUGGAACGUGAUACUAGUUCAUCUGAUAUUUCACACCUCGAGAAAAAACGUAAAACUGCUUCACCGAACGAUUCGUCUAACCUUCAAAAAGAUUGA